UGUCUCUGUGGUUGUCCAGAGUUGACAACUCCUGAUGUAUGCAAUCAUAGCAUCUUAUACUUAGUGUUAACCCCCAAAUGGGCUUCCACUGAAAGUGGCCAAAUCCCAGAACUCAUCUGGGUCUCAGAUUGAAUGGUUCACGCCACCACUCGUGGUUGCAUCCCCUUGUCAUGACCUUGAGAACACUUUGGAAAUCCAGAUUUCUGCAUCUGCUGAAAAGUGUACUUUUAUUAGGGACAUGUGGUAGUUGCUACCCUUCUUCUUGGGGCAAUAGAACAAUUAGGAUCUGUGAACAAGCCCUCUCUUUGACACCAAUGCAGUAAUUUCAGCUCUACUACCCCAUGCUGAGUGGCCUGAGAUCUUUGUGUGUCUCUCCCUUCCAGCCACCCAGAUGGGAAACAGAACACAGAUAGGGGAAGUUAUGCUACAGUAAUAAACAAUACCCAAAAGAUCAACAAAAUUUUAUUCCUCACUCAUAUAAAAUCCACUACAAUUCCAGAGAACUCUCCAUGACCUCUGUCUUGAUGUAAGAAGCAGCAGCAGGCUGGAAAGUCUAGCUCCAGUAAUUAGAUGCUUGGACAUAGAAAUGAGCCAAGUCACUUUUAUUUACAAUUUAGUGGCCAAAGCAAUUCACAAGUUCGUACCUAUCUUCAAGGAGAAGUACAAUGUCUCAUAUGCCCAGAGGAAGAGCAAGGCUUGAAUGUUAGUGUGAUAUAUCAAUAUCUUCUACAGCACUGUUUCCUCUAUACUUACACUUAUCUGAGGGUCUAAUAGUCUCUUUGCCUAUCACUUGGCUCAUUACUUAUUGACCCAAAAAGGGGCUUAUCCCUAAAACCAGUGUCUAUUUCUCUUUGUUUCCAAAUUUUUUCCCUCUCUUCAGCUGGGAGCAUCUUUAUCUAGUGAGGGAAGAACAGAGAAGAUAGAUUAUGGAAAGAUUAAUAGAAACUUUUAAUUUCAAAGGUCAGGAAUUUGACAUUCAUUUCUCUGUCCUCUUGUCAAGCUCCAUUGUACUAUGUACUCCAUCCCAAAUCUCCCGAUGUGGAAUAUCAUCCUCACAUGUCUUCUUACAUAAUGGGCCAGGGUUAUGCGAUGAAAAGUCAGUAGAAGUAGAUAUCUCCAGCGCAUUUGGAUAAUGUGACAGUUGGAAUGCAGUGAUGUCAACUCUUUGCCCACCGCCAUCUCCAGCUGUUGCCAAGACAGAGAUUGCUUUAAGUGGCGAAUCACCUUUAUUAGCAGCUACUUUUGCUUACUGGGACAAUAUUCUUGGUCCUAGAGUAAGGCACAUUUGGGCUCCAAAGACAGAACAGGUACUUCUCAGUGAUGGAGAAAUAACUUUUCUUGCCAACCACACUCUAAAUGGAGAAAUCCUUCGAAAUGCAGAGUGUGGUGCUAUAGAUGUAAAGUUUUUUGUCUUAUCUGAAAAGGGAGUGAUUAUUGUUUCAUUAAUCUUUGAUGGAAACUGGAAUGGGGAUCGCAGCACAUAUGGACUAUCAAUUAUACUUCCACAGACAGAACUUAGUUUCUACCUCCCACUUCAUAGAGUGUGUGUUGAUAGAUUAACACAUAUAAUCCGGAAAGGAAGAAUAUGGAUGCAUAAGGAAAGACAAGAAAAUGUCCAGAAGAUUAUCUUAGAAGGCACAGAGAGAAUGGAAGAUCAGGGUCAGAGUAUUAUUCCAAUGCUUACUGGAGAAGUGAUUCCUGUAAUGGAACUGCUUUCAUCUAUGAAAUCACACAGUGUUCCUGAAGAAAUAGAUAUAGCUGAUACAGUACUCAAUGAUGAUGAUAUUGGUGACAGUUGUCAUGAAGGCUUUCUUCUCAAUGCCAUCAGCUCACACUUGCAAACCUGUGGCUGUUCCGUUGUAGUAGGUAGCAGUGCAGAGAAAGUAAAUAAGAUAGUCAGAACAUUAUGCCUUUUUCUGACUCCAGCAGAGAGAAAAUGCUCCAGGUUAUGUGAAGCAGAAUCAUCAUUUAAAUAUGAGUCAGGGCUCUUUGUACAAGGCCUGCUAAAGGAUUCAACUGGAAGCUUUGUGCUGCCUUUCCGGCAAGUCAUGUAUGCUCCAUAUCCCACCACACACAUAGAUGUGGAUGUCAAUACUGUGAAGCAGAUGCCACCCUGUCAUGAACAUAUUUAUAAUCAGCGUAGAUACAUGAGAUCCGAGCUGACAGCCUUCUGGAGAGCCACUUCAGAAGAAGACAUGGCUCAGGAUACGAUCAUCUACACUGACGAAAGCUUUACUCCUGAUUUGAAUAUUUUUCAAGAUGUCUUACACAGAGACACUCUAGUGAAAGCCUUCCUGGAUCAGGUCUUUCAGCUGAAACCUGGCUUAUCUCUCAGAAGUACUUUCCUUGCACAGUUUCUACUUGUCCUUCACAGAAAAGCCUUGACGCUAAUAAAAUAUAUAGAAGACGAUACGCAGAAGGGAAAAAAGCCCUUUAAAUCUCUUCGGAACCUGAAGAUAGACCUUGAUUUAACAGCAGAGGGCGAUCUUAACAUAAUAAUGGCUCUGGCUGAGAAAAUUAAACCAGGCCUACACUCUUUUAUCUUUGGAAGACCUUUCUACACUAGUGUGCAAGAACGAGAUGUUCUAAUGACUUUUUAAAUGUGUAACUUAAUAAGCCUAUUCCAUCACAAUCAUGAUCGCUGGUAAAGUAGCUCAGUGGUGUGGGGAAACGUUCCCCUGGAUCAUACUCCAGAGUUCUGCUCUCAGCAAUUGCAGUUAAGUAAGUUACACUACAGUUCUCACAAGAGCCUGUGAGGGGAUGUCAGGUGCAUCAUUACAUUGGAUGUCUCUUUUCCUAGAUUUAUGCUUUUGGGAUACAGACCUAUGUUUACAAUAUAAUAAAUAUUAUUGCUAUCUUUUAAAGAUAUAAUAAUAGGAUGUAAACUUGACCACAACUACUGUUUUUUGAAAUACAUGAUUCAUGGUUUACAUGUGUCAAGGUGAAAUCUGAGUUGGCUUUUACAGAUAGUUGACUUUCUAUCUUUUGGCAUUCUUUGGUGUGUAGAAUUACUGUAAUACUUCUGCAAUCAACUGAAAACUAGAGCCUUUAAAUGAUUUCAAUUCCACAGAAAGAAAGUGAGCUUGAACAUAGGAUGAGCUUUAGAAAGAAAAUUGAUCAAGCAGAUGUUUAAUUGGAAUUGAUUAUUAGAUCCUACUUUGUGGAUUUAGUCCCUGGGAUUCAGUCUGUAGAAAUGUCUAAUAGUUCUCUAUAGUCCUUGUUCCUGGUGAACCACAGUUAGGGUGUUUUGUUUGUUUUAUUGUUCUUGCUAUUGUUGAUAUUCUAUGUAGUUGAGCUCUGUAAAAGGAAAUUGUAUUUUAUGUUUUAGUAGUUGUUGCCAACUUUUUAAAUUAAUUUUCAUUAUUUUUGAGCCAAAUUGAAAUGCGCACCUCCUGUGCCUUUUUUCUCCUUGGAAAAUCUAAUUACUUGGAACAAGUUCAGAUUUCACUGGUCAGUCAUUUUCAUCUUGUUUUCUUCUUGCCAAGUCUUACCAUGUACCUGCUUUGGCAGUCAUUGCAAUUCUGAGAUUAUAAAAUGCAUUAGAGAAUAUACUAACUAAUAAGAUCUUUUUUUCAGAAACAGAAAAUAGUUCCUUGAGUACUUCCUUCUUGCAUUUCUGCCUAUGUUUUUGAAGUUGUUGCUGUUUGCCUGCAAUAGGCUGUAAGGAAUAGCAGGAGAAAUUUUACUGAAGUGCUGUUUUUCUAGGUGCUACUUUGGCAGAGCUAAGUUGUCUUUUGUUUUCUUAAUGCGUUUGGACCAUUUUGCUGGCUAUAAAAUAACUGAUUAAUAUAAUUCUAACACAAUAUUGACAUUGUAGUUACACAAACACAAAUAAAUAUUUUAUUUAAAAUUCUGGAAGUAACAUAAAAGGGAAAAUAUAUUUAUAAGAAAGGGAUAAAGGUAAUAGAGCCCUUCUGCCCCCCACCACCAAAUUUACACAACAAAAUGACAUGUUCGAAUGUGAAAGGUCAUAAUAGCUUUCCCAUCAUGAAUCAGAAAGAUGUGGACAGCUUGAUGUUUUAGACAACCACUGAACUAGAUGACUGUUGUACUGUAGCUCAGUCAUUUAAAAAAUAUAUAAAUACUACCUUGUAGUGUCCCAUACUAUGUUUUUUACAUGGUAGAUUCUUAUUUAAGUGCUAACUGGUUAUUUUCUUUGGCUGGUUUAUUGUACUGUUAUACAGAAUGUAAGUUGUACAGUGAAAUAAGUUAUUAAAGCAUGUGUGAACAUUGUUAUAUAUCUUUUCUCCUAAAUGGAGAAUUUUGAAUAAAAUAUAUUUGAAAUUUUG